GAUUUGGCAACACUCACUUUGCAGUGCCGGUUUUGUCUGUUUUCAGCUAUCAGCUUCGCCAUUUUGUCAGUCCUCUGAAAUUAGGUCCUCCAAGUGUUGCUGAACUUGCAUAAUGGCUGCUCCGAAAACAAAAAUCUUUGUUGGACAUCUGCCAGAUGGUUGUACAGAUGAUGAUUUACGCACACUAUUUGCAAAAUAUGGAGAGGUUACAGAAUGUGAUGUCAUUAACAAAUAUGGAUUUGUUCAUAUGGCAACACCUGAACAAGCUGAUGAGGCUGUAAAAAACCUGAAUAAUUAUAAUCUCAUGGGUUCGAGUAUAAGUGUUGAGCCAUCAAAAAGUAAACUGCAUCCUGAACCUGGAGCUCCUGGACGAGCUAAUAAACAAACAGUCAUGAAUCGUAGGGGAGGUGGACCUCCUAGGAAUGGCUUUGGCCCCCCUUCUCGUGGAGGUUUUGGUGGUGGUUUUCCUAAUGGGUAUCGACGUUUUGAUGGCCCUCCCAAGGGCGAUUCAUUCUACGACAGACCUUUUGGCUUUGGAAGGGAAAGGAUGAGACCAUACCCUCCACCAUACGAGCGUCGCAGUCCAAGCAUGCUACCUCCAAUGAGAGAGGACUACAUGCCACCUCGUAGACCUAUGCCUCCAAUGGGUUCGUCUGAUCCUUAUGCUAGACCCUUGCCUCCUAUGAGCAUGAGGGAUGAUUUGUAUGAGCGUAGACCAAUGGUUGAAAGAUCUGAUUAUUUAUAUUCUCGAAGAUCACCACCUACUUCCUCGAUGAGAUCUCCCUAUUGGUAUGAUUCAGUAGCUGAUGGCGGCAGCCGUGCGCCUCCUCCCUCUGCAACCCGACGACCCACGUAUUUUUGAAAAUGCAGGGAAUCGCGUCGCUACGAAGACUCGCUCAAACUUUCCCAUCAUCGCUCGCCUUCCGCAACGAUUGUACCGUUAAUUUUGAGCGUUUAAACAGAUCGCUGUUUAGGAUGAGACAGUGAUUUUACCGUUUAUUUUGUAGAACAUUUGUAAUUGUAAAUUUUUUUACCAUGAUCAUCACUUAAACCAUCGUUUUCAUGUGUAGUAAUACUCAAAGGCUUCCUCUCAGCAAUUUAUCACUCUAUUAUAGUGUAUCAUUCUUCAUUGUGUUUUGUUGUCAUUAUGUUAGGGUUUGUAAGUAAACGAAAGUACAAGACGUUUUGUUCUUUCUCGUCGUGUGUUUUUGUCGAAUAAAAUUAUGCUAAUCCUUAA